AUGUCUUUCGUCGAAUCCCUGUUCCACUAUGUACCCACCACAGCCCAAAGCCUGCGCAAUACCCCAAAACAAACCUGGAUCUCAGCCAUGAUAGCCAUCAUCUGCUUCAGCACCUUCGGAUACCUGCUGUGGAACUUCCCCCGCUCAACGUCUUUAAAGCCAACAUGGCAGGACCACGACUCUAGCACUCGCACCAGCACCCCAACCUCCCCGAAAAAACCUGCUCCCCCACGUACUCCCGACAACCGCACUUCCAUCAAGGUUGCAGCCCGGGAUCCAACACAACUAACCGAUAAGCUCCGUCUCCUCCCAGGAACACCACCGGGUUUUAGAACCGGUAGACUAAGCACGCCUGGAUAUCAAACCCCUGUUCCAACUGCAUUUCUUAAGCGUGAUUUCUCGAGUAUGGCGAGGCUGGCGCCUGAGGGUUAUAAGACGUUGCAACAGUACGGUAUGUUGGAUGAAAACGGUACACCGACUAAGAAGAUGGUGGAGAAGUAUCGGGGCGAUGGGCAAGUGGGUGCUUUGGGAGAUGUCGGUGUGGGUGUUAAUGGGCAUGCUGAUUUCUUUGGUGGAGCGGGUGUAGGUGGUGUUGCGAAUUCGAAUGUGUUUGUGGAGUGGAAGGUGAAGAAAAUGGUGGAGGAGGAGGAGGCGAAGGAGAUGGGCGUGGCUGAUGCUGUUAUGGAGAGUUAUUUGGCGGGGAAGAUAGAGGCACAGGAAGAGGGGCUAUAUUGCGCAACAUGGUCCUGA